AGACUGCAGGAAAUAUGUGUAGUGUGGCAGUACAGGAAUAAUUCUUGUGAUUCAACGAAAGAUGAUGACGGAAGAAUUCGUCACAAAUUGCGGCCCUUUCCCAUUGUGCGACUUGUGUCGUUUUUUCACGAAAAGAUGGGAUUUGUCUUUCUUCUAGAAAGGUCUCAUUAACUGGCAGGUAACAUCAGCGUCUGUUCCAUCUCAGCUACCGGUAGCCUUUUGUGUCCCCAUAGUAACGCAUCUUUGGCCCCAGCAUGGAGUUUUACUCUAACAACCCGGUCAUGGCCGUGGCAUCCUGCCUGCCAGAUAGUGGAGGUGAGGUACUGGACCCAGGAAGUCAGGCCGGUCCAUGCUCAACCAGUGAUACCAGAGAGGGUGCUGUAAUGGAGUCAGAUACAGGUGUACUUGAAACUGAUGAAAGUCUGGAUCUGUGUAGUCCCCACAAUGAAGAUGAAGAUCUAGACAUUUCACCCGUCAUCUCAGAGCCUCUAGUCCGUCCACCCCAGUCCGUCCUCAUGCAAGGGCACCUAAGAGAAAUUGAACAGGCAGCAGAGAGUGCCGUGGCCUGCCAGCUGUUCUCUGAUGCUGGCUCCAGUCACCUCCGCUUCAGAGAGGGCCAGCCGAAGCACGGUGAGGUUGUUUGUCUGGGUACUACCCCCACCGCGGCAUCCCCCGUUUCGCCCGUACUAAUAUCGGAGAGUGGCGAUUACAAUAUGAUGUCGGUGAGCAACUCGCCAGUGCCACCCUUGGAAAACGAGAGCUACAGCGACUUUUCAGACGAGCCUUUACCAGGCCUGGCCUCCCGGCAGCGUUACAAGCCCUUCAAGCCCAAGAUGCUGGGUAGUGGUGGGGACGGAAUGUUGGGCAGGGCCAGCGGCGAUGCCGAUCUGGAGAGAGUGAGCAAUCAUUCUGUCAGCCCAUCAGGGGCGUGGCUAGCUCCGGGAGGCGACGCCCGUCCCAGUUCGCCAGAGGGUCAGGGCUUCCAGCCGUACCGCAGGCCACACCCGAAUGUGGUGUCCAACAAGAAGCAGCGGCUUCACAGCAACUCGGGCCCGGGUUCCUCCUCCUUCAGCGUAAGCGAGAACUCUGCCUUCGAGUCCCGCAGCCACAUCUUUCCAGACAAUGAUGGGGAAGAUCCUGAAGAGCCCCACAGCUUGUCCAACAACCACCACUGCUUGACCUUCGACCCCGCGGAUCCCGAGCUGGUGGACAUUGACCUGACCCUCAGGGAGAGAGACUCCUCAGACCUGGAGGACCAAGAAGACCCAUGGGCCAGUCCGGGCACCAGUCUGUCAGUCGCCCACGGCUCUGCGACUCCGACCUUCUCCAGUACAGACACAGGGCCUGCUCCAAGCUGUGGAGACUACUCCGAUUCAGAUAUUGAUGUUGUCAGCAUCACCGAAUUCGAUGGGUCUGGCCAGGCUAAUAACCCGUCCAUCAUCCAAGAUGUGGCAUGGGAUGAUCCACUCCUACCCUUGUCAGGAGCUCUGGACUUCAUCCCUCCCUAUGAUGAUCCUUUACCAGGUCCCAGUGGCAUCACAAGGCCCCAGAAUAAUGAGACAGUGGACUUGGUGGAGUCGUCUGACUCAGAUGAGGAUAGUGAUGAUUGCCAAGAUGAUCUCAAACUGGAAGAAAGUCUUGAGGAGGCAGAUGAUGAUGUUGAAGUGGUGUCAGUGGACAUGGGCUCCAGGGGCGAUCGCUGGGCUGCUCCGGCCGAUAACAUGCGCACUAGGAAGAUGAGUGGAGGUGCCAAGCACCCUCUGGUGAAGGGACGAAGGAACAAACGCCCACUGUCUCCAGUCAUUGUGGAUCUGACUGAAUCUGACGGUGAAACUCAGUCACCCAGUAAUCUGCAGCAAGACACCAUUCCUGAUACGACCUUACCAGAGCCGCCCUCUGACGACCCGAACCCCCAGCCCCAACCUCCUUCCCAAGCCAAGCCACUCCCACCCUGCAACAGCUGCCGUCGGGCCAGUCCCCCACCUGCUCUGUCUCCGGAGGCCACGGCCCCGCUUCAUCAUCUACCCCGUUAUCACCACCACCACCAUCACCACCACCAUGGUCAGCACCACCACCACCCUCGCCGCUCCUGCAUGCAUGAGGCCGUCGUGCCGUGCGCCCCCCAGCUGCACCACUCAGGCUGCCUGUACCUAAGCGGUCAAGGGGCCUGCACCUGCUACCCCUUGAGGGCUCAGCUGCAGACGGGGAGCCCGUCAGCUGCAGAACAUGGCUGCAAUCGAGACCAGGAGGAAUCGGCAACCGACCAGAAAUCCGCCAUGGGAAAACUGGCAUCUGUGGGGAAGCAGCAGCCAAGACCGAAAUCCAAGGAGAAGAAAGAGACGGUACCCGUGCCAGCUGACCCGACCCCUGACCCUCAGAGGUCGUCACUGGCCAGCGAGCUCCGCAGCCAUCUCAGUCAGCUCAGUCGACAAGGCCACAGUGAAGAAUGCCGGGCUCACCAUCACCACGGGCAUACUCACCCGCCCACCUGCUCAGUUCGAGUCCAGCAAAAUGGAGCAAGGCAGUCCUUCCAGCUGCACACUCACCACUCCCACAUCCAUCGCCGCCCACCAACCAGCGACGCUGCCCAGCAAAGCCCCACCCAGGCCCCACCCCAAGCCCCACCCCAAGUCCAGCCCCAGCCUCAGCCCUUGCGCUCUGUGCAGUACCAGCCCCCACGUCGUGUGCAGUGCCCGGAGCCCAUUGCUGAGAUCCGGCUGCCCCAGCAGGGGUCGUCAGUUCCCCUACGCCAUCAGCGCCUGUUCCAGCAGCAGAACCGGAUGAGGGAGAUACAGAGACAGCACAUGUCUAGGAUGAGAGAUUCUCAUUUUGACACUGUGGCACCAUACUCUAUGGUGGUGCUGCGUCAGUACCAGCAACAUCAGCAGCAAGACAGCCGCCUGGAGCAGGUGGAGCACUUCCUCUCUUCUCAGCAGCAUCACCACGGACAGCAGCAACAGCAACAGCAGCAGCAGCAGUCUCAGCAACAGCAACAGCAGCAGUCGCAGCAACAGCAGGUGGACAGCUGUCAGCGCCUGAUGCACGGCGCCCAGCCGCAGGCUCCCCGGGCCUACCAGCUGGCCCACCCCAUGCUGCACCACCCGGGCCCUUACGUCCAGCCCCACCACUCCCACCCCUUGGCCCAUGCCUUGCCCCAGGCCCACCUGCACGCCCCACUGCAGGCGCCGGCCCCGCAGCCGGUGCCGCCCCAGCCACAGCAGAUGGAAGUUGAGCACAUGGAACCUGUGGUGGGCCCUGCGCCUAGCAUUGAUGGUAGUGAGCCCAUGGCCGUACCGCCUCCCUUCCUGGACAGUGGUUUCUCCCCCCAACAUCGCCACCUACAUCAUCACCUUCACCAUUACCAUCACACGGCCCCACCACCACCACCACCCCAGCAGCGGAACACCGCCGGCAUCCACCCAGCCUUCUAUGGCAGCUAUCCCGGCAUGGCUGAUUUGCCACCCCUGACAGCUCACCCAUUCUACCGUGCCUACCGUGUGCCGCUCAUGCGCAGGAUGGGAAUGCGCGGCCCCAUGUAUGAGGAAUUGGUGCAGUUGAGUGAGCGGAUGGGUCAAGUCAACCGUGGAGCUAGUCGUAUGACCAUCGAGAGAAACACCUUUCCCCACAAGUAUCACAAGCGAAAGCGUUCUGCUGCAGAGAGCUCCCCUGGCGAGGCCGAAAGUUCAUCAGAGGAUGCCCAAAAUGGAGCCAAAUCAGAGGCGGAAUGUAAGAAGCCUCCAAAUAACGAUAACGAUGAAGAGAAAUGCACCAUCUGCCUGUCUUACUUUGAAGAGGACGAAGAUGUGCGCCGCCUGCCUUGCAUGCAUCUGUUCCAUGUUGAGUGCGUGGACCAGUGGCUGAGUACCAACAAGCGCUGUCCAAUUUGCCGUGUCGAUAUCGAGACCAAGAUGCCCAAGGAUGCCACAUGACUAGACGGGGAGGAGAAGCAACCUUGAUGGGCGGAGCUUCCAACAUCCCCCCAGCCUGGUUCCCUCUCCUGGUGGUAACAAGACAUGCUUUUCAAUUAUACCAGCCCCAGUGCCCCAAUAAUGCUAUUCACGAGCAUCUCAGAAAAUGCAUGUAUUUUGAAGUCAUGGCUUCUGUUUUUUGUCGCGCAUUUUCCCUGUAUAGGCCACUGGGCCAGCACUGCAGAUUUGACAAGCCCAAUCGGAAUUCUACAAGCCCAUGUUUAUUUAGAUGCUACAGAAUGUCACCCGUUCCUUUUUGUCGCGUUCCAGCCUCAGAAAUUGCCAUUCCCACUGUUCUAUGUAAACUCACAUUUUAUUUUUGUCACAUGAUUAUCACGUGACCAUUUUGGCCCAUCUUCACCCUGGUUUGGGUUACUGACAUUUGGUCGAAAUGCCUGCACGUUGCUUAGUCGGUGAAUCUUUCACUCAGUGCAUGACACACUUUUUCACAGUUCCAAGAACGCACUGCUAGGCAAAGACUCAAAUGCACAAUACUAUUGUGUAAUCAGUUAUGGUUAGAAAAAUUGGUAACGAUGUGAAAGAGAAUAGUGAAUGCAUAUGCGAUACCCCGAGCUCUGUCGUACACUUCACCUGUCAACUGAUUGUGUGAUGUUGUGCAUAUUGCGCACACACAAAUGUGGACGUUCCUAUUGUCCUUUUGUGCAUACCUUAACCUUUUUUUUGGAAGGCCCCUAAUAUGUUUUGUACACGUUUGGCAAUCGUGGACGUAUCGGGAAUCGUGGACGG